UUUCUUUUUUGUCAGGUGUUAUACGGAGAUAGUAGAGAAAGAUGUCUACUUCUUCAAAAGCCUCAUCUAGACUGCAACUUAUCUCUACUGAUGAUUGUUUCUAUUUAGUGCCCACCUCUGGUAAUAUUGAUAAAGUGUUGGAGAUUACGAAAUUUGACUGUCAACUGCAAUUAGUGGAUAGAAGUAAAGUGUCAGCUAUUAAUGGAGAGAGGAGGGACUGUCAGUUAUUAAUUGGAUUAAUUAGAUUAUUAGGAGGUCCUUAUUUAUUAGUUGGUACUCAGCACAGGUUGGUAGGUAUCAUUAAUGGACACGAAAUAUAUCAGAUGACUAAUUAUGAUGUCAUACCAUUUGUUAAGAGCACACUCCAUUUAACACAAUCACAGGAAAGGGAUAAUCGUGUCUACCUAGCUAUGAUCCACAGGGUGUUAGAUACUGCUGGUUUCUAUUACUCUUAUUCUUAUGAUAUCACUCAUACCAAGCAAAGACUCCACCAGCUGUCAACUGAUAAUAAUGGAUUCUAUCAACUGCCUUUAUUCAAUAGAGCUGAUGAAAGGUUUGUCUGGAACGGUCAUUUAUUGAGGGAGUUUGUAGCUCAACCUGAACUGGACCAGUUUUGUGUCCCCCUCCUUCACGGGUUCAUAUCAAUCAAGAACAUUACAAUCAAUGGGAAACUCUUCACCUUUCAUCUGAUAUCUAGAAGAAGCUGGCACAGAGCAGUCUGUGAUAUACUACCAAUGGAGUACAUUGUAUGUCACUAUUGGCAGCCUGACAUUUAG